UGCUAGAUGAAAGCGGAGGAGGAGCGGACACACCGGGACUCACACGACACUGGACCUCGAGAGAAGGAGGCCGAUCCUCAGACAUGUCUGUGUCCACUCAACUGGGUCUGUUACUGUGGAAGAACUUCACCUACAGACGCCGCCAGACGCUCCAGCUCCUGGUGGAGAUUGUGUGGCCACUCUUCAUCUUCUUCAUCCUCAUCGCGGUGAGGCUGAACUACCCCCCCUACGAGCAGCAUGAGUGUCACUUUCCCAACAAGGCGAUGCCAUCGGCUGGGACGCUGCCGUGGAUGCAGGGCAUCCUCUGCAACGCCAACAACCCCUGCUUCAGGAGCCCCACGCCGGGGGAGUCCCCGGGGGUCGUCGGCAACUUCAACGACUCCAUAAUCUCUCGUCUCUUCUCUGAUGCCAAGAAGAUUCUUCUCUACAGCCGGAACGACCAGAACCUGGACAGCUUCAAGGAGCUGGCUCACGCUCUGCAGGUCCUACAGGACAGCCGCUCAGGGUUCAAGUUGAAGCAUUUCCUCCGAGACAACGAGACUCUGACGGCGUUUCUCCUCAGGAACGCCUCCCUCUCUACACAGGACGUCCAGGAGAUCAGGGAGGCCCACGUAGACCUGGAGGAGGUCCUCCUCCGAGGGUUCGGUGUCCACCUGAGGGACAUGUGUCCCAGGAAGGGGGGACAGCAGAGGCUGGAGAACUUUGUGACCAUCUCAGACCAACAGGUGUCAAAACUGGUCCAGGAAGUGAUCUGUCAGGCCCCGCCCACCUGGCUGAACCUGGCUGAGGAGCACUUCCUGAACAACCUGGACUUCUUCAAACCCAUCCAGAGGGAUGUGAGGUCUGACCCGGAAGCCGUCCAACAGGUUGCCAAGGCGACCAACAACCUCCUGGACAGUCUGGCUUCUCUGGCUGUGGAGAUGUCCAAGAUGAAGAGCUGGAUUGACUUGAGGACCGAGAUUGUCUUCCUGACCCAGAAUGCCACGUCGUCCCCCAGCACCAUGUACCAGGCCGUGUCCAGGAUCGUGUGUGGACAUCCUGAAGGGGGCGGUCUUCAGAUCAAGUCCCUCAACUGGUACGAGGACAGCAACUACAAGGCUCUGUUCGGUAACCAUGGCAACAGCAGCGAGGACGAGGCGGCUGCUCCCUACGACAACUCGUCCACUCCGUUCUGUAACAGCCUGGUGAGGAGCAUGGACUCUAACCCGAUGUCCAGGAUGAUCUGGCAGGCUCUGAAGCCGCUGCUGAUGGGGAAGAUCCUGUACACCCCCCACACCCCCGCCACCCAGAGGAUCAUCCAGGAGGUGAACCGGACCUUCGAGGAGCUCGGUGUGUUCAGGGACCUGGGCGGGAUGUGGGAGGAGAUGAGACCCAAAGUCUGGGACUUCAUGGAGAACAGCGAGCAGAUGGACCUGGUCAGGACUCUGCUGAAGAACAACAGGACCGCCGGCUUCUUCCACGCCCAGCUGGCCGGCACCGACUGGACCGUGACCGACAUCUCCAACUUCCUGUCCAAGCACAGCAAGGACACGCCAGGCCACGCCCUCACCUGGAGGGAGGUGUUCAACGAGACCGACCAGGCCAUCAUGAGCAUCUCCCGCUUCAUGGAGUGUGUGAACCUGGACAAACUGGAGCCGGUGUCCACCGAGGAGCGUUUGGUCAACCAGUCCAUGCUGCUGCUGGAGGACAGGAAGUUCUGGGCGGGGAUCGUGUUCCCUGACGUACCCCCCAACGCCACCGAGCUGCCUCCCAGACUCAGCUACAAGAUCCGCAUGGACAUCGACAACGUGGAACGGACCAAUAAGAUCAAAGACGCGUACUGGGACCCAGGUCCUCGUGCUGACCCCUUUGAGGACAUGCGGUACAUCUGGGGCGGGUUCUCGUACCUCCAGGACGUCAUUGAGCAAGGCAUCAUCAGGGCCGUGACGGGCACCAAGGAGAAGACGGGCGUCUACAUCCAGCAGAUGCCUUACCCCUGCUACGUGGACGACAUAUUCUUGCGGGUGAUGAGCCGCUCCAUGCCUCUGUUCAUGACGCUGGCCUGGAUGUACUCCGUGGCCAUCAUCCUGAAGAGCGUGGUGUAUGAGAAGGAGGCUCGUCUGAAGGAGACCAUGAGGAUCAUGGGCCUGAAUAACGGCAUCCUGUGGUUCAGCUGGUUCAUCAGUAGUUUGAUUCCUCUGCUGAUCAGCGCUGGGCUGCUGGUGCUGCUGCUCAAGAAGGGGAACCUGCUGCCCUACAGUGACCCCGGGGUGGUCUUCCUGUUCCUGGGCUCCUACGCCGUGGUGACCAUCAUGCAGUGCUUCCUGAUCAGCACGGCGUUCUCCCGGGCCAACCUGGCCGCCGCCUGUGGAGGGAUCAUCUACUUCACCCUCUACCUGCCCUAUGUGCUCUGCGUGGCGUGGCAGGACUACAUCGGCUUCGGAGCCAAAGUCUUCGCCAGCCUCCUGUCUCCUGUGGCAUUCGGCUUCGGCUGCGAGUACUUCGCCCUGUUCGAGGAGCAGGGAGUCGGGAUCCAGUGGAGGAACCUGGUGUCGAGUCCUCUGGAGGAGGACGACUUCAGCCUCCGCACCACCAUCAUCAUCAUGUACUUGGACUCGUUCCUGUACGGAGUCCUCACCUGGUACAUCGAGGCCGUGUUUCCAGGUCAGUACGGCAUCCCUCGGCCCUGGUACUUCCCCUUCACCAAGUCCUACUGGUUCGGAGAGAAGGACGGAAAAUCCAACAAAGUGCCUCUGAGCCGGAAAGGAAACGCUGGAGCGGUGUGUAUUGAGGAGGAACCGGCUCACCUGGAACCUGGAGUCUACAUCGAGAACCUGGUGAAGGUUUACCGUCACGGUAAGAAGCUGGCGGUGGAUGGACUGACGCUGGGCUUCUAUGAGGGACAGAUCACCUCCUUCCUGGGACACAAUGGAGCUGGAAAAACCACCACCAUGUCCAUCCUGACUGGGCUCUUCCCCCCCACCUCUGGCACCGCCUACAUCCUGGGCCGGGACAUCCGGACGGAGCUGAGCGCCAUCAGACAGAGUCUGGGAGUCUGUCCCCAGCACAACGUCCUCUUCAGCAUGCUGACGGUGGAGGAGCACAUCUGGUUCUACGGCCGGCUCAAAGGUCUCUCUGAGGACCAGGUGAAGGGGGAGAUCCAGCAGAUCUUGCAGGACACGGGGCUGCCUCACAAACGCUCCUCCAGGACCAGUACUCUGUCGGGGGGCAUGCAGAGGAAGCUGUCGGUGGCCCUGGCCUUCGUGGGGGGGUCCAAGGUGGUGAUCCUGGACGAGCCCACGGCUGGCGUGGACCCCUACGCCCGCAGAGGGAUCUGGGAUCUGCUGCUGAAGUACCGACAGGGACGUACCAUCAUCCUGUCCACUCACCACAUGGAUGAGGCGGACAUUUUGGGGGACCGUAUCGCUAUCAUCUCCCACGGGAAGCUGUGCUGCGUUGGCUCCUCCCUCUACCUGAAGAACCAGCUGGGGACAGGCUACUACCUGACGCUGGUCAAGAAAGACCCGGAGCCCUCACUGAGCUCCUGCAGGAACUCCUCCAGCUCCGCCUCCUUCUCCAAGAAGGAGGACGAGGACGUCUCGGCCAGUAGUAGUGACGCUGGACUGGGCAGUGAUCAUGAGAGUGAAGCGCCCCCCAUGGCCGCAUCCAUCUGCAAUGUACCCUUCGUGUCCCCGGAUGCAUCUCUGGUCUCGGGACUGAUCCUGCGCCACGUCCCCGCCGCCCGCCUGGUGGAGGACCUGGGACACGAGCUGACCUAUGUCCUCCCCUACAGCGCCGCUAAGGACGGGGCCUUCGUGGACCUAUUCAAAGACCUGGACCUGAAGCUGGCCGACCUCGGCAUCUCCAGCUACGGGGUCUCCGACACCACCCUGGAGGAGAUUUUCCUGAAAGUGGCAGAGGACAACGGCGUGGACACGGACGUCCAAUCAGAUGGGACACUUCCUGUCCGGAGGCGGAGACGGAAUCAUGCCUUCGGGGGAGGAGACCAUCAGAGCUGCCUGAGACCGGUAACCGAGGACGACCAGGAGGACAAAGACGACUUGGACGGAGACACUGACUGCAGGGAGUCGGACUGGCUGAGGUGUUCUGAUGGUAAGGGGUCCUACCAGGUCCAGGGCUGGGCCCUGAGGAAGCAGCAGUUUGUGGCUCUGAUGUGGAAACGUUUCCUCUACGCUCGCCGCUCCAGGAAGGGCUUCUUCGCCCAGAUUGUCCUUCCUGCCGUCUUCGUCUGCAUCGCUCUGGUCUUCAGCCUCAUCGUGCCCCCCUUUGGGAAGUACCCCAGCCUGGAGCUGCAGCCCUGGAUGUACGAGGACCAGGUGACCUUCAUCAGUGACGACGCUCCCGCAGAUGCCAACAUGCAGAAGCUUCUGAACGCUCUGCUGGACCCCCCCGGCUUCGGGACGCGCUGCAUGGACGGGCACCCCAUCCCGGACGCUCCGUGUACCAUGGGGGACGAGGACUGGUGGACUCCCGACGUCCCGGAAAGUGUCCAGGAGCUGUUCAGCUCCAGGAACUGGACCAUGGACGACCCGUCUCCGGCCUGCUCCUGCAGCUGUGACGGAAACAAGAGGAUGCUCCCGGAGUGUCCUGCUGGAGCCGGAGGCCUGCCCCCCCCUGAGAUGAAGCUCAGCGCCACCGACUCCCUCCAGAACCUGACGGGACGGAACGUCUCGGACUACCUGGUCAAGACCUACGCCCAGAUCAUCGGCAAGAGCCUGAACAACAAAGUCUGGGUGAAUGAGUUCAGGUAUGGGGGGUUCUCUCUGGGCGCCAGGAGCACUCAGGUCCUGCCCCCGGCCGACGAGGUGGACGACGCCAUCGAGAGGGUCCGAAAGAUCUUUGAGUUACGGAAGGGGGCUGCUGCAGACCGGUUUCUGGACAGUCUCUCUGGGUUCAUCAACGGUCUGGACACCAAGAACAACGUGAAGAUCUGGUUCAACAACAAAGGCUGGCACAGCAUCGGGGCCUUCAUCAACGUCAUGAACAACGGGAUCUUGAGAGCCCACCUCCCCCCGGGGGCCGAGCCAGACCAGUACGGCAUCAGGGCCUUCAACCACCCCCUGAACCUGACCAAGGAGCAGCUGUCCCAGGUCGCACUGGUGACCACCUCUGUGGACGUCCUUGUGUCCAUCUGCGUGAUCUUCGCCAUGUCCUUCGUCCCCGCCAGCUUCGUGGUUUUCCUCAUUCAGGAGAGAGUCAGUAAAUCUAAACACAUGCAGUUCAUCAGUGGAGUCCAGCCGCUGCUGUACUGGACGGCCAACUACACCUGGGACAUGUGUAACUACGUUGUCCCGGCGACGCUGGUCGUCUUCAUCUUCAUGUGUUUCCAACAACAAGCCUACGUGUCGUCCACAAACCUGCCGGUGUUGGCUCUGCUGCUGCUGCUCUACGGGUGGUCCAUCACGCCGCUCAUGUACCCGGCCUCCUUCUUCUUUACGAUCCCCAGCACCGCGUACGUGGUUCUCACCAGCGUCAACAUCCUGAUAGGGAUCAACGGCAGCAUCUCCACCUUCGUCAUGGAGCUGUUCGGGAACAAUGAGAUCGGAGGAAUCAAUGACAUCCUAAAGAACGUCCUCCUCAUCUUCCCUCACUUCUGUUUGGGCCGAGGCCUCAUCGACAUGGUGAAGAACCAGGCUAUGGCAGACGCCCUGGAGAGGUUUGGUGAGAACCGGUUCCGGUCUCCUCUGGAGUGGGACAUGGUUGGGAAAAACCUGUUCGCCAUGGCUGUGGAGGGAGUCGUGUUCUUCAUCAUCACCGUCCUCAUCCAGUACCGGUUCUGCAUCAAGCCCCGGUCGGUCAGUAAACUCACCAGGCUGGGACCUCUGGGGGACGAGGACGAGGAUGUGGCCAAAGAGAGACAGAAGAUUGUCCAUGGCCUCGGACACGGAGACAUCCUGGAGCUGCGCCAGCUCACCAAGGUGUUCAAGAGGAAACAGAAGCCGGCUGUGGACAGACUCUGUGUUGGGAUUCCUCCUGGAGAGUGUUUCGGUUUACUCGGAGUGAACGGAGCUGGGAAGACAACCACCUUCAAGAUGCUGACAGGAGACACUGUGGUGACCAGUGGAGAGGCCUUCCUGGCUGGGAAGAGCAUCCUCAGAGAGAUCGAUGAAGUCCACCGGAACCUGGGAUACUGUCCUCAGUUUGACGCCAUCAACGAGCUGCUGACGGGACGAGAGCAUCUGGAGCUGUACGCCGUCCUCAGAGGAGUCCCCGAGGAGGACGUCUGCCAGGUGGCAGAGUGGGCCAUCAGGAAGCUGAGUCUGGUCAAAUACUCGGAUAAAGCAGCAGGAAGUUACAGCGGAGGAAACAUGAGGAAGCUGUCAACCGCCAUGGCUCUGAUAGGAGCGCCCCCUGUAGUCUUCCUGGAUGAACCCACCACUGGGAUGGACCCUAAGGCUCGUCGCUCCCUCUGGAGCUGCAUCCACAGCAUCAUCAAGGAGGGACGCUCAGUCGUCCUCACCUCACACAGCAUGGAGGAGUGUGAGGCUCUCUGCACCAGGAUGGCCAUCAUGGUCAACGGCAGGUUCAGAUGUCUGGGCAGCGUCCAGCACCUAAAGAACAGGUUUGGGGACGGCUACACCAUCAUCCUGAGGGUGGCGGGACCCAACCCUGACCUGCUGCCAGUCAUGAAGUUCAUUGAGAGCGAGCUGAGCGGCAGCAUCCUGAAGGAGAAGCACCGCAACAUGCUGCAGUACCAGCUGCCCUCGUCCCUCACGUCCCUGGCCCACAUCUUCUCCAUCCUGGCCAAGAACAAGGACACGCUCCGCAUCGAGGACUACUCCGUCACUCAGACCACCCUGGACCAGGUGUUUGUGAACUUUGCCAAAGACCAGAGUGACGACUAUGUCUCCAAAGACUCCGUGAGGAGGAAAGACGUUGCCAUCGACGUUCCAGCUCUGAGCUCCAGCAACACUGCUGCUGAGGGGCGGGGCCUAAGAGAGAGCAUCAUGUGACCACAGGUCUGAUGUCAUAUGACAUGGAGGGUGCUGGUGCUUCAGCUGGACUCAAUCUGCAUCAGAGGCCACGCCUCCUCACCUGCUGUGAUGUCAUAGUGGUUUAAAUAUGCCGGUGGGCCGACUCACCUGGUGUCUAAUGCCAGUCAAUGCAAACAAUUUCUGUGGAGGCCACGCCCUCAGACCUCCAGCUCUUCUUCUCUUCCUGAUUGAAGCAGAACCAAGUCUGAUGAAGAAUCAUUUGUAACGGCCGAGGGCUCGGCUGCCUCUGAUUCUGUUUUUAGUUUCUCACUUUUAUUUAUAUAUAUAGCGGAAACAGGAAGUCCAUGACGGCUUCCUGUUUCCUGUAGUGUUUAACAGCCAAUCAGAGCUCUCCACGCGAAGAGUUGAUUUUAUAGUUUUUUUUAAGAAAAGACGAUAAAAGAUUUGUUGGUUUGAAACAGUAAAAUACCUCCUGAAGCAAUGACUGGACUCGUUGUUGGUCUGACUGGUUGUUCUGACUGGUUGUUGACUGGUUGUUGGUUUGACUGGUUGUUGCUCAUUUCUUUGUCUCGUUUGUUAAAUACUACUGAUGAAGACAAACUGUUACUCAACAACAAAAUAAAAUGAAACAAAUCUG